AAUCAUGCGCCGGCGUGCCGACGCAAACCCCAUCCAACUGCAGCAAAAAGGCGAAAACUGACUUCACCUAUCAACAGCAGAAGUUCCUGUCAAAUCUGUGCUGUCGAGGUUAAUGAUUUGCGGGUUAUUUCGUACUUAGUACUUGAGCGUGGAGUUUGGAGUCUGCCCUCCCCUCUGAUAAAAGACAAGAGGAGACGUUUAGACUUGCUUUGCCUUUCUCUUUGGCCUUUCUGGUCCCACUUUUCCGCCGACUGCUGUGUGACGGUUUGAAUUAUCCGGCAGCGCGCAAUGCUGGCUCUCGUUCUAUUCUUGCUUUGCGCCGCUCCUUCUGUCUCCGUGUCCGCCAAAGGUGCUGCUGCUGGACCCCGGCUGAACAACAACCAGCUGUACAAAUUCAGCUACAGCACCGAGGUCCUGCUCGACAGGGCCAGAGGGUCAAGAGAGGGCAAUGCGGGCUACAGAAUCUCCACAGAUGUAAACGUUAACCUGGUCUGGAGAGAUCCGAGCAAUAAGGACGAGCAGUUGAUUCAGCUGGCGAUCUCAAAUGUAAGGAUUGAGCCUGCAUCUCAUAGAUCUGAGGGGAAGAACGUCCUCCAUGGCUCCACCACCGAAAGCCUUUUGGGGAAGACCAACCUGGAAGCUCUGACCAAACCUUUUCUUUUGCAUCUAAAAAAUGGAAAGACGAAAGCAUUUUAUUCCUACCGGGCAGAAGCAGCGACCAUCAAGAACAUGAAAAGAGGUCUGGCCAGCCUAUUGCAGUUUCAACUCCAUUCCGGAAAGAUGGUUGAGAACGAUGUGUCUGGGAGAUGCACAGUUCAGUAUCAGGCAGCAAAAGGUCAAGUAACAAGAACCAAACUCCUGGACACGUGUAAGACCUCAGAGACAGGAUUUACCACACAUAGCAAGGUUUUGGGUGUGAACAGGAAGUCUGGCUCUGUUACAGUGUUUACACUUGAAGACGGUUUCAUCCGCUCAGCCGUGGCUGAAGAAACACACUUGUUGGCUGUUAAUGCACAGAGAUCUACAGCAGCUAAAGUUGUGUCCAGGCAAACGCUAAAGUUUGUAGGUAUGGAGGCUGGGCCACUGGAGGCUGCUGGGAAAGAUGCUGCGCAGGUUGUAAAGACAGUUGAUGACAAACUGGCAGCUAUUGGUAUUGUGGCUGAAAAGGUCAAAUCCCAGUGCAAAGGCUGUCCAUCACUUUUUGAACAUUGGCAGGCUGAACAGAAGCAGCUGGAGCCAGCAAGCCUGUCCAAAGCCUCGGCUCCUCGCAGCUUCCUGUCCCUCAUCCAGAGCAUUAGAAAGGCGUCCAAGGCUGAGAUCCUCAAAGUGUUGAAAAGCGCCAGCAAGACUUCUCUACCUCAGGUGGUGGACGCAGUCACAUCCUCUCAAACCCCUGCCUCCCUUGACGCCAUGCUUGAGUUCCUGAACUUCACGGACGCCAAAGGUUUGGUUCUGCAGGAGCGGUUUCUCUACGCAUGUGGCUUUGCCUCUCAUCCAGACGAAAGAAUGCUGAAAGCUCUGUUGGAUAUUUCUAAAGGAAAGAUUGGCAGCACUGACAUCAAGGAGUCUGUGGUGAUCAUUAUGGGGGCCUUGGUCCACAAGCUCUGUCUGAAAGGAGGCUGCAACUUACCGACAGUGGUGGAGGUGAAGAAGAUGAUUUUAGAAGGUCCUGAGAGCACCCAGCUUGAGAAUGAGGUCCAUAUGUACCUUCUGGCACUGAAGAACUCGCUCCUGCCAGAGGCAAUUCCCAUCUUUACAAAAUAUGCUGAGUCAGAGGUGGGAUCAUACAGCACCAUUGCACUUACCUCCCUGCAGAGAUACGAUGUCAGUCUCAUGACCAGUGAGGUUAAACGGACAGUCAACAGGGUUUACCACCAGAAUCGACGAAUCUAUGAGAAAAAUGUGAGAGCUGCAGCAGCAGAUGUCCUGCUCGGCAGCAACCCCUCCUACAUGGAGGUCAAAAAUCUACUUCUGUCCAUUGGACACCUGCCCCAUGAGAUGAACAAGUACAUGCUGUCGAAGAUUCAGGACAUAAUUCGCUUUCAGGCGCCUGCCAGUAAGGUUAUACAACAAGCUAUGAGGGACACGAUUUCCCAUAACUAUGACCGCUUUUCUAAAGUUGGCUCAUCAUCUGCGUACUCAGGAUUCAUGGCAAAAUCUCCGGAUGUGACCUCCACGUAUAGUUUGGACAUCCUGUACUCAGGUUCUGGGAUCCUGAGAAGGAGCAACAUGAAUAUUUAUGGUGCCAGUAAAGGAGCAAUGCUGCACGGACUGCAGGUGGCAAUCGAAGCCCAGGGCCUGGAGUCCCUGAUUGCUGCAACACCCGAUGAGGGAGAGGAAAACUUAGAGUCGUUUGCUGGGAUGUCGGCGCUGCUGUUUGAUGUCCAGCUGCGACCAGUCACGUUCUUUAAGGGCUACAGUGACCUCAUGUCCAAAAUGUUCUCCAUGACUGGAGAGCCCAUGAAUGUAGUGAAGGGACUCAUCCUGCUGAGUGAUCACUCUGAGAUCAUCCAGCUGCAGUCUGGUCUGAAAGUGAGCGCAGAGUUUCAAGGAGGAUUGGCCAUUGACAUUUCUGGAGGGAUGGAGAUAAGUCUGUGGUACAGAGAGUCCAAGACCAGUGUCAACAAUAGAGGGGCAUUGGUCAUCACGGGCAACGUCACUGUGGACAUGAACUUUUUAAGGGCCGGGGUGGAGGUCAGCUUUGAAACAGAGGCAUCACUAGAUUUCAUCACCACCGUCCAGUUCUCUAACUACCCCUUCCUGGUGUGCAUGCAGAUGGAUAAGGCCACAUUCCCAGUCAGGGAAUAUCUUUUAAAGUACGAGAGCUUGUCAUCAGGAAAGAGCAUAAUGUCACGUAAGGGCAAAAAGAUGCUUGUGCCUGGCACUGAAUUCCCUCUCCACCAGGAGAACUCAAACAUGUGCAAGAAGGUUUUUGACUCCAACUUUUAGAAAGGAGACCAUACAUUAUUACUUUUAUUACAUUAAGGGCAGCCAUCACAGAUCGACAGUUAAAAGGAAACCUUUUCUUACUCAAGCAGAGUAAGACCAUAAAGAAAAAAACCUGGUGGAUGUUUUUGUUUCAGUUUUCUUUAGUUAGACAUGCAAUGUUUACAUUCCUGUGAGUAUUUAAGUAAUUUUAAUCCAACAUUUUUGCUUAAAAUUAGGAACUCUCGCAUAGACAUUUUUAUGUAUUUCUUUGAAGAAAAAUGUAUUUAUGAGGGGCACAUUCAGGAUGCGUAUUUUGAUAAGUAUCACCGACAGUUUUGCAGUAAUCCCGACCAAACAACAUGGUUACAACAAAAAGGAACACUGUACAUAUCUCACUGGGGAAAGAGAAAAAAACGUUGUUGUCAACAGGAGGUCUCCUUUAUGUCAACAUUCUUGUGCUUUUUUUAAUUAAAUGUGUUUAUAAGGAGGAGCGGUUUCUUGUAGUUUGUCACUGUAUCACUGUUCACUAAAAAUAACUUAUUCAUUAGACAUUGUUCUCAGGUUUUUCCCCCCACGAUUUAGGUGUAAUUUUGUGAUUAUUGUCUCUUUUUUAUUGUUUGUAUGUUUGAACCCCUAAUCUUAAAUGUGAAAACUUGUAUUCAUCAAGACUUGAAUUUUUUUUUAAAUUGCUGUGAUUCCUGUAUAUUUUGAAAUAUGUUAAAAGCCAUUGAAUCUGAGCUGUUUUUUCCCGCCUAUACUUUGGUUUUUAUGGAGCUAUCCAAUUACAAUAAAUGUGCCCUUGAAACAUCUUGCCUCUUGACUUUUUUUCCCCCCUGGUUUAAAGACACAUUGAUUUAGAAUCACAAGAUAAACCCUUCUGGAAAGUCUUGGAAAUUGCACAUCUAACAUUACAACAACAUCAGGGGGCAUCUGCGACCGUGUUCCUUUUUGUGUCUAUUAGAACACAUCCUGUAUUGGGAAGUAAUGGGAUUGGUUACUUUCUUUAAUUCACUUAGUUCUGUGAAAAGAAUCAUAACUUUACCUAGACAUUUGCAUUGACUCAUUCCUCUUAUCUUGUUAUUUUAGUUGUUAAAGUUUGCUUUGAUAUCACAUUAUUUUAUUUGUGUAUAUAUACAUAAGUACAAAUAAAAUUAUAUACAUACAUAAUACACAUACAUAUGUGUGUGUGU